GUUGAUAUUCCCUCUCCUUCGAGUCGCUUCACCAACGGUCCCUAGUCACAUCCGCCAUGUCCUACAAUCCCUAUGGCUAUCAGCCUUCCCAGGGCCAGAGCGGUACUCAACGCGGCUCUUCCUACCCUGCAUCGAACCGGGAAAAUCACAUACCAACCAUUCACGGCCACAUGUAUCAGGACAUUAACGGAAACUGGGUAUUUUAUUCUAUGGACGGGUCAGAUUCUCAAAAUAUCUCCCAUCAACAACCCUACGCCUCCGGAUAUACUGCAGCAGACAGCAUGGGACUUUUGCAACAGAACCAGUAUCGACAGUACACGGGCUACGCUGCCGACCAGAGCAUCCCACUUGAUGCAAGUCAUCAGUACUACUCCCAGAGCUACGAUCAAGGUCACCCUGUGGACCCUCCACAAGCCGUAGUUUUCCCCAUAUCCACUACGCGCACACGAUGCACCUGGGGUGGUCGCUGCGGCCAAGAAUUGGACGAUACAUCUGCCGCUGGAAUCAAUAGGCACCUUAAGGAGUACCACUUCAACACUCGCGACAACCCAUGGGUCAAUAGCCAGCGAGGUCGUUGUCUCUGGGACCCCAACUGCCGCAGCCACGACCCGAUCAAGUACGAGAAUAUGGGGAAACAUAUCGCCGAGGUUCACCUAAAGGCCUUGAGACAAAUCUGCCCUGAUUGUGGUGGAUCGUUUGCUAGAGGUGACACUCUAGCUCGCCACAAGCGGGAGAUUGCCUGCAAGAGAGCCUAAUUUUAUUUCUAACACUAUUUUUUGGUCGCGCAGGUCGUUCUGCACCUAACAUCACCUUUUGUUUUUCCCUCCUCUGUGUCGAGUUUAUUGAUGACAACAGCCUAUAUCGUACAGUCUAACUGUGUAUCCAUAGAAUGUUCUUUUGAAUGACAGACUACCCGUUAUUAUUGCC